AAUAAGGAAGUGAGCAAGAGGCAAGAUGGCGGACGACAAACCUCCUCCGUACAACUAUAACUAUGGCGCAACUCAGGAAAAUCAGGCCCCCCCUCCUUAUCAAGCUGGUUAUCAGCAACCUGAUUAUGGUAAGCAAGGAGGAUAUCCACAGCAACCGUAUCCGGGGCAACAGUAUCCUGGGCAACCACAGACAACUGGUACAACCAUAAUCACCCAGCCAGCAUCCACAGUCAUAGUUAACGUUGUGUAUAGGGAGUUCCCGCUGAGUAUGGUCUGCUCGUUUUGCCAGACACAUAUCGUAACUGCUACAACAUACCGUGAUGGGGCCUUGACCUGGCUUUUGUCAGGUGGUAUAUGCCUUGUUGGGGGCUGGCUUGGUUGCUGUUUGAUACCAUUCUGUUUGGAUAGCUGUAAGGAUGUUAUUCACACCUGCCCUAACUGCCAAGCAAAGCUUGGCAUCUACAGACGUCUUUGAUCUCCUAAAUGUAGAUGCCUAUUGACAUCUGUUUUUUUAGUUUAGAAAUGCAAAAAGUUUAAAUGGGGAUAAAGGCUUAAGAAAUGCGUCAUAAAAGCAAGGCAGUCUAAAAGCAUAACAUGCCUGGAAAUGUACCAUGAGGGGAAAGCUUUAUUCAACAGGACAUGUAGAAUUGAUCUAGUUCUUGCUUCAAUGAUUAGUUUAAAAUUUGGUAGUAUAAUAGAGAGGAGGGCAUUAUCAGAAAGAAUCUCAGCUUUUUUUUUACCUUUUGAAUGAUACCAUUCGUGGGAAAGUAUAAGGCCUCUAGGCACUUAUCUAGUGAGGGAGGAGGUGUUUAAAAAAUGCCUUCCAAAAAAUGGGUCAUUUCUAUUGAAGGGUCGUCAAGUACUUAUCCUUUUUUCACGAUACAACUGUGAACCCCUGUCCCAGCAAAUCUUGGGUAUAAAUUUGACUUCAAUGGUAGAUGGCUAUUUUCUAUUGCAAAGUAUGUUGUUGAAGGUGGCUGGUUAUCAUUCUUUAACUCUAGUGUGCAGUUAUCAAACUUAUAUCUCUUUCUUGAAAGAUUCCCAAUAAGGAUGGCUGGAUUAUCAUACCUUUGCACAAAUGUCAUUCACAGGUUUGGAUAGAGGACUAUUUUCUGACAUUGUUAUGCUAUUUUCAUACUCUGUAUCUGGGAUGAUCGAGUCAGUUUGUGAUAAAGUAUUAGAACAAUAAAAUUAAUAUCAUUUCUUA